UAGUUAAUCCAUUCUUUGAAUUCAAACCUUCUUCACUUCUUCCACACAAUCAUGAAUCAGAAAUGCUUCUGAGAUCCAUCGAUGGAGAGGGAGGAGGAGGAGGAGGAGCCUAACCUUCUGCCCCAACCUGUAUCCUCAUCCACCACAACCGAUCUUCACCGUUCCUUCACUUCAACCGCUUCUUCUUCUUCUUCUUCCUUCUCAUCGUCUUCCCAGCGGGUUUUACUUCGCCAAGUACAAGCCGCCUUCAAGCGUCACCGUCCUCUAGGAACAAAGCCAAUAACAGUUAUAAGGCCUAGGCGUUCAGUGGUUCGGCAUAGAGAAGUAUCAAAGAGUUCUGUAUCAGAUGUUGAUGUUGGUAUGAAGUCCAAGGCAACGGAAACUGAUGAACAAGCAUCAACUAUUGUGGAUGAAAAUCAAGAAGGUCCAUCAGUCACACCACUUUCCUCUACUGGUACAAUGACAAAUACAUAUGAUAAUGGUUUCAGUGUUCACAAUGCUAAGGAAGACCUUCAUAGAUUAGUAGCUGGGAGUAAGAAAAAUGAUGAACAUUCAAAUGUAACUUUAGAAUCUCAAGAUGUCCCACUGGUUGAUUGUGUAAGAAAAGUUAAGUUUUCUUUGGGAAACACUUCCAGACCCCAUGGGGCUGUAACUGCUAUCAGCCAUAACUUGAAGCACCAGAAUCUCACAAACCAGGACAAGGAUAGUAAGGUCAAUUCUUUGUUGCUUGCAAAAGGUACAACAGAACUUCAGGACGAGCUGUACCAGUUCAGAGAUUUACUGCCUGUUGACCUUAGCCACCCUCAGUCAUCAAUUAUUGGGUUAUCUAGUGCAACCACAACAUUCAAUUCAACUUCUGCUCCUUUGCUUAAAUCCACAACUGCCCAUCCCUGUUCUCAGGUGAAUAUUGGGCCUAGCGCCGAUACAGAAUCUAACAAAGAGUGCAUAACAACUUCCGAACCCAUUUGCCAAGGGAAAAGCAGGAUGACUGUGGACCUAAUGAAUGAAGCCCAAUAUGUCAACUCCAGAGCAGGUCAGAUGGAAGCUAAAGAAUAUGAAAUGGGUAAACAGCAAAAAUGCAGAAUGUUGAAAAAAAGUGACAUUUCAAAAAAUCCUUCCCCUGAUAACAAACUGAACCGAUUACAUGAACUUGAUGAUGGCAUACAUUCUCAGGAUGUAUUACCCAAGAGGUCAACUUCUGAUUUGUUGAUUGAAUCUUCAAAAUCUGAAAAACAAGAUAAGGGUCCAAGUAGUAAAGCAGCAGCUGGAUCUCAUAAAAAAGGUUAUGCUCCUGAUUUGGAUUUCAAGGUUAAUGGAAAGCUUUACCAAAGACUUGGCAAAAUUGGGAGUGGUGGAAGCAGUGAAGUCUACAAAGUUAUUUCAACUGAUUGCACAAUCUAUGCUCUAAAGAAAAUCAAACUCAAGGGUCGUGACUAUGCUACUGCUUACGGAUUUUGCCAAGAGAUUGAGUAUCUAAACAAAUUGAAGGGAAAGAAUAAUAUCAUUCAACUCAUUGAUUACGAGGUGACAGAUAAAGCUUUGUUCCAUGAAGUUGUGAGUGGUUCAAUGAACAAGGAUGGCAGAGUAAAAAAAGACAGUUACAUAUAUAUGGUGCUUGAGUAUGGAGAAAUUGACCUGGCCAAAAUGCUUUCCCUGAAAUGGAGGGAAAUAGAUGGCACCAAUUCAACAAUAGAUGAAAAUUGGCUUCGGUUCUACUGGCAGCAAAUACUGCAAGCUGUCAACACAAUACACGAAGAACGUAUUGUACAUUCAGACUUAAAGCCAGCUAAUUUUCUUCUUGUUAAAGGUUCACUGAAACUAAUUGACUUUGGUAUUGCUAAAGCUAUCAUGAGCGAUACAACAAACAUUCAACGGGAUUCACAGAUGGGUACAUUAAGUUACAUGUCACCAGAAGCAUACAUGUGCAAUGAGACAGAUGCAAAAGGAAACAUAAUAAAGUGUGGGCGUCCAUCAGACAUCUGGUCACUUGGUUGCAUCCUUUACCAAAUGGUGUAUGGAAGAACCCCAUUUUCAGAAUCAAAGACAUUCUGGGCCAAGUUCAAAGUUAUAACAGAUCCAAACCACAAAAUCAAAUAUGAAUCUGUUUCGAAUCCAUGGCUUCUCGACAUUAUGAAGACAUGUUUGGCAUGGGACAGAAAUGACAGGUGGAGAAUACCACAGAUUCUUAAACAUCCUUUUCUAGUCCCUCCUUCACAUAACAACAACACAAAAUUGCUUCAAUCGAUCUCAGAAUCAUGUGGAAAUAAUCCAAGGGUGGUUAGUCUUUCUUGCCAGCUUCGUGAAUUACUUAAUGAUCCUGUGUUUGUUGUUAUGUCUCCGUCGUUGUCUAUGUUAAAAGAUGAAUACCGUUUAUUGCUAGGUAAAAUGUCUAGUAUUUGCAUUCAACUUCAAGAGCAAAUAUAGGCUUAGGGAAAUAUGGCUCA